AUGCUGUUCUAUUUAUUGGUAACGCUUCAAUUUAUACAUUCAAUAUCAUGUUUUGUAACAUGUCAUGUUUGUCCAAUCGAUAUGAACACUUUCGGUUAUUUCAUUACAACCGAUCAUAUGCCAAAUACACUUAACAAUUGUACAACACAAGCAACUAGUGAUAGUUGUUUCAUUGAUCUAAUAUGGCAGUUACAACCACAAAAGACACAAAUAGCACUAAGUGCAAGAGGUGACGGCAGAUCAACAGUCAAUGAACACACUCUUUCCACUUCUGUUAGCUUAGAAAAUAAAGAUUCGACUUUUAUAUGGACUCGAUCAAUUUCAUAUACAUGUUCAACGGAUAAUUGUAACAGUUUAACGGCUUUAAAACGUCUAUUAAAUUCAUUAACACUGUAUGAUGAUUUUAAUAGCCUUAAAAAUCUUUUGAGAAAAGAAACACCGUUUGAUGGUGAUUGGUGUUUGUUUAAGGCAAAUACCAGUUGGCUGGAAUGUGCACUUUUAAUACCACCAGAAUCUUGUAAGGAAUGUUCUUUUCAAGGAAUGAGUGUUCAAGGUUCAAUAGAAAUUUGCCUCAAUUGCUUGCAAGAUGAUAUUGGUGAGACAUCGAUAUCACAUGAAGUUGAUUUCGAUAUAGCGAAUCGAACACGUCUAGAUCAUUGGAUCCUUGAAUGUCAAUUUAAUAAAUGUAAUUUUGAAAACAAUGGUGACCUUAUUCGUCAGAAAAGUAUAUCGAACUUUGAUUUUGCCAAAUUUCUCGAUACUUCUAAUCAGGCAAGAAUUUUUGUAUCUAUAAGUAAAAUCCUAUCGAUUUCUAUUGUUGUUUUCAUCAGAGUUCUUCAUUAA